CUACUCUGAGUAUACCGCUGGCUGUCCACGAGAGAGGAAGGCAUGUGGUGGCAGUUCGAACCACAGUCCUAACUCAACCUCAGACUGUGAUAGAUUCGUAUCGUGUCUUCGAUCCAAGAUCGAUAUCCGAAUUUUUUUGAUAAAAAUAUCCCAGGAUAAAUAAUAUACGAGAAAUAAAAUUUGAGGAUAAAUUUGAAAUCAAAUUUUUCAAGGACAAUUUUUCGAGGAGGGAAUAAUAAUCUUGUGAGAAAAAGAAGAAGAAGAAGAAGAAGAAGAAGAAGAAGAAGAAGAAGAAGAAGAAGAAGAAGAAAUUUAACGACAAAUUUCCAGGAAACAAUAACUUAGUCUCUACAAGGAACUGAAGGAGAUUUAAGAGAUGCUACCGGAGCCGCGCUCCUCCUGAAGCCACAUCUGAGUAAACGAAACGUCUAUCAGAGUAAAAAUGCGGUCCACUGAUCUCUUUGGGUUCUUCCUACUUUUCCUCCUGGACUUUUGGAGGCCAACGGAAGCACAAUGUAGUAUUGAAAAUUUCACAAUUGCUACCUGUCAUUCAUUAAAGGACAUCAAGAACAUAAAAUCCGAGGAUAUUGUUACAUUGAAGACAACAGUAGCGGAAAAUAUUCUAACACCAAUUUUACUACAAAAUUUAACAAGCCUAAAACAUUUAGAUCUUUCAAAAGGAAAUUUAUCAAAAAUUUCACCAGGAACAUUUCUUCAUUUAUCACAAUUACAUUCUUUAAAUUUAGCUGAAAAUCAUAUUAAACAAUUGAACUCGAGUUCUUUGGAGGGAUUAAAAAAAUUACGCACUCUUAGUUUAAAAAAGAACAACAUUCGUCAUCUUCCCGAUGCAUUGCUCAAUUUGAAAAAUCUCAAAUUUCUCGAUAUCACGAGAAAUCAUAUCGAUUGUAAUUGUGCAACUUUAAAAGUACGAGAUAAAUUAGUGGAAAAAGGAGUUAAACUAUCAAAAAGAGCAAUUUGCAGUGGACCACUUGGAGUUAAGGGAUGGUCCCUAUUGAAGCCAAGUUCAGAAUUGGUUUGUACAUUUGAAGAACAAGAUGAAGGUAUGCAGAAGGAUCAACCCGAUGGUUUAGAAGAAUUUGGUUCAGGUGAUGAGGAUGUAAUAGAUGAUGACGAUGGUGAAUUUGAAGAUGUUGAAACACCACCAAUAGCACCAGAAAUUACUGAAACACCAGCACCAGAAACACCAGUACCAUUUACAACCGAAGCUGAAACACCAGCUCCAAAACCAACAGAACCAUCAAUUACAGAAACAACAAUUGAAAUUACUCAACCAACACAAGAAACCACAACAAAAUCAUUGGAAAAACCAAAAUUAAAAAUUGACGAUGGUCUAUUUUUUGACAGCGAAGAAAAAUCAUCAACCGAAACAUCAACAAAUCCAACGGAGACAACAAAUAAAGUAGAUUUAUUUUUAAACGAAGGCUCUGGAGAUGAUGACGAAGGUUCCGGUACACUAACACCGCCAAUUGAUUUCACCAAAAAAAGAGAAGAAGAAUCUGUAUUUAAGGAUUUAAAUUUUGACAAAGAUCCGACAAAUAAUUGUAGUUUAUUUGAUACAAUAUUUGGUAGUUGUGGUGAAACAACAUCAACAAAAGCUCCAAAAUUUGCCGAUAUUGAAAAUGAAGAAUUUAUGCCCGUUGUACCAGAUGAAGAAUCAGAUGUUGAUGUAAUGCCAACAAAAUCUGAUAAAAUAUCAGAAAAAUCAAAUAUUGAUAAAACUGUAGUUGUUAAAAAUAAUGAAAUUCCAAUAAAAGAUGGUGAAACAAAACAAGAAUUAGCUGACGCUUCACAAGAGGCAAAAACUGGAAAUGCACCAAUGGUUGUUUUAAUAGUGCUUCUUGGUAUAUUUAUCGCUCUCAUUGUUCUUGCCGCCUACAAAGGUGAUUUUUGCAAAAAGAAACGUGUACCCGAUGACGUUGAACGUGGUACUGAACUCAAGGAAAUGAGAAAAUCCCUACUCGAAAGUGGUGGUAAUGCAGUACAACCAAAAAUGAUAAAUGGAAAUGCAGAAAAUGUACCAUUAAUUAAAGUACCUUUACAAACGGACGAUAAGGAAAAGGUGGUACUAAAUCGAAAUGGAAAUGGUGUUAAAGAAACAUCAUCUCCUAUUGAUGAAUCAUCAGUAACCGAUCAAUUGGAUCCAGUGAAACCACCAAGAAAAUCAAUAUCCCAAGACGAAGUACAACCAUCAACAAAUGGAAAAUCACAUCAAAAUCCCGAAAAAUUUAAAAUCCCACCACUUAAUUUAUCACAAAAUGAAAUAAAAGCACCACCAAAUACACCAAUGACGGAUAUUGGUAGUCCACCUCUAAGUCCCGAUGCACAACGAGUGAAAAUUAUUCUACAAGAAAAUCCCGAUAGUGUGCCAAAAACGCCAAUUCUCAUCACACGAACGAAAAUGGGUGAAAACCUAGUCAAAACACCUUGAAAUCAAUUUAUUUCGCCACUCACCAGUGAUUCUUUUUUUUAAAUUAGAAAAAACAAUAUAGAAACAAAAAAUAUUUUAUAUAUUCUCAUAAUGAGAAUGUAAAAAAAAAAUUAGGUUUCUUUUUUCUGUUUAAGUGGUCUAUAAAGUGCUAAUAGUUUUUAGUCAGAAAUAUAUAACAAAACGGACGUAUCGUAAUAGAUGCUUAAUUCCUAAAUGGGACUAGUACUAUAGGUGAAUCUAUUAGAGGUCCAUUUUACAAAUUGUCUCCGUGUCGUAUAAAACAAUUCCUUUUAAUAGAAACCAAUUUUUUUGUUAUAAUACAAUUUUUUCAUAAUAUUACAAGAAAAAAAAAGAAUCGCUUGAAUUAUUUUUCUAGUUUUCAAAAGAAAAUAAAAAUUCUUUGAUAAGAAAUAAUUGUCAUUACAGUCAUAUAUGUUUAAUCAAGAUUAUUAUGUUCCGAAGAAAAGACUUUUGUUGAGGCUAGUCACUCUUCAAACAAUUAAUAAGAAAAUUUAAAAAAAAAAAAUAGUUACUUCAUAACAGAAAAAUAGUUUUCAAUACUGGUGCCCCAAAAAAAAAAUAUUUUUUUUACUCCUCGUUAGUAAUUUUUGUAUUUUUCCAACAAAAUCGAAUUUUUUUUUAUUAAUACAUUUCGAUAAAUAUUUGUUUAUAUAUUUUUUCGUUAUUUUAAUGGGGGAUUGGUUUUUAAACAUUUAAUAUAAAUGAACUCAGGUUCAAGAGAAAUAGAAUUUUUCUCAUGCAUGUAUUUUGCACACUUUUUAUUAAUGACAAUAAAUUAAGUAACGAUGAGUGCUGCAUGAAUGAAUACCUUUUGUAUUAGUCAUCUCGUGAUAAACGAACAACGGAUUCUUAGCAUUUUUUUUUUUUUAUUUUUUUUUUUUUUGUCAUUUAUGAAAAUUUCUACUUACCAGGUGUUAAUUCUAAGUAGCUUUAAAAUAUAAGCCUUAUAAUACACCAUGAGGGAAACUUUUGACUGCAUUUUUUCAAAAAAACUCGUUUUUACAGUUACGUUACGUGAAAAAUAUUUUACUUCUUUAAUUAGCAGAAACAAAAAAAAAAAUCUCACCUUUUUAUAGUAAUAAAAUUCUAUCAAUUUGUGAAAUAUUUAAAUAUAUUUUCACAUAAUAAAAAAUUUUAAUCUUUCGACAGUUUCUCUUAUUGUAUGAAAAUAAUAAGCUGUGACCAUUUUCUACAUUUUAAGAAUAAUUUUACGUAGAAAUAUGAGAGUUCAGAACGUUUUAACAUUAUAGUAGAUAUAUAUAUAUAUAUAAAUAUAUUAAAUAUAUGAGGGCAGUGAACCGUUAUUUACUUUUUAAGUGAUUAAAAAUGUGUCAUUUUAAGUCACGUUUUUUUUUUUUUUUUAUUUGUGAACGACAAGUAUUUAUUACAUCUUUGUAAGCCAAAUGAACUAAACACUACGAUUUAAACGAGUAAGUGGGAUUUCCGUCUUGACAAUUUUUUUUUCCUCCUUUUUUUUUUUGUAAGGUUCACAUCUAUUAGAUUUUCAUAUUAUGUACAUCACAAGAAAAAAAAAAACCUGUAUGUUACAUCAUCAAUCUCACCUCGUUAGAUUCUAACUAGAAGAUAAAAAAAAAAAAAUUAAGAUUAGAUUUUAACAUGAUAUAAAGACUUUAUAUUAUUAUAUUUACA